AUGGGACUUUCUGGGUUUGAAUUUAGCGCAUGGAAUUGGGGGAAUGGAAGUUGCAGUUGGGGCGAAGAAGUGAAGGUAGUAAGUCAGUGCCGAAUCUCCCGCUAGAGGUUAUCAUGAUCAUACUUCACAGACUCCCCGUCAAGUGUCUUCUACGUUUCAGGUGUGUUUGUAAAUCCUGGCGCCAAUUGAUUAAUGAGCCAAUUUUUGUUGAGAUGCACCUCAGACGAUCAAUUGAGAAUAAUCUCAGUCUCAUCAUUUCAAAGGAUCUAAACCAUUUUUACUCCAUAGACUAUGAUGUUUGUGAUGAUGAGAAGAGGGCUGUAAAGCUUGACGAAACCCAGUUUCCAAAUUUCAGGAUAGUUGGUUCUUGCAAUGGAUUGUUGUGUUUAGCUAAUCAGAAAAAUGUAUUUUUAUGGAAUCCUUCCACCAGAGAGUUCAAGCAAUUGCCCGAUUUUGCAGUUAAAUUUCAGGGUCGCAUUGUUAACAGUUGGGGACUCGGUUAUGAUCCGAAGGCUAAGGAGUACAAGGUGAUAAGGAUUGUCAACAUUUACAAUGCUGAAUUAGGUUCGCUUCCUCAUCCAACUGAAGUCAUGGUUUGCACGUUAGGUACUGAUUUAUGGAGAAGUCUGGGAAAUGUUCCUUGGUUCAUUUACUUCUGUAGUAGUAGAGUUCUAGCGACGGUUGUGGAUGGUGUUCCUCAUUGGAGGGAAACAGGGUUCUUUUAUCGAACCAGUUAUCAUUUCCUUUGAUGUAAGGGUUGAAGAGUUCAGGGAGGUUCAGUGGCCCGUGAAGGACUGCAACGAGCAGCAAUUCCGACCCAUUUAUGAAAUUCAGUUGGGUGUAAUAGGAGGAUGCCUUUCUUUAUUUUAUUAUGUUUAUCGUGAAUGUAUUGAGAUAUAUGUGAUGAAGGAGUAUGGGAUUAGGGAAUCUUGGACUAAACAGUUCACAUUUGGACUACGAAAAGGAGCUAGGGAUUUACAAUUCUCUCAGCCAUUUGGAUUUUCGAAUGAUGAAGUUCUACUGCUCGAGAUGUUUUACAGAAAGCUACUUGUGUAUAACCCAGAAAAUGAUAUGGUAAGGGAUGUUGCAAUUCAAGGUUAUCCUGGUUGGAUUAUAUUGUGUUCUUAUUCUGAGAGUCUUGUUUCACUUGAGUCUAAAAAUGGGAUUGAGGAACCUCAGCAAGUGUAAUUGUGGCAAUGAAGUGAGGAAAAUAGGAGCAAGAGGGACUAUUAUGUUGGAGCAAAGGUGUAAGCAACAAUGAGAAUCCAAGCAAACAGAACACUGAAAACGGAAGUUGAAGAUCCAAACUUCGAUGUUGAAAUGGAUUUAAAGAAGAUAGUAGAAUGAAUGGCUCAACCCAAUGAUUUUCUGUUGUCUCUUGUGUUAAAGAGUAACUUUAUCUUGUUUAUACUCCUUCCUUUUUGUGUUCUUUUCUUAGACCUGAUGUUUAAUUUGCUGCAGAGAUGUCUACUAUGGUGUUACAAUAUAUACUGUAUGCACACCUGAAUCUCCUACAAGCAGGGCAUAGAAUGGUGGGGAGUCAUACCUGAGAUCCACCCCAUAUCCAUUUUGGCAAAGUUUAAAUCAUAAUAUCAUAUCCAAUUUGAAAAAUCAGAUCUAAUUCGAAUUAGGCUGUGUCAAUUCUCAGUCACAUUCAUAUCCAUUCCCAAAUCCUGGCUUGAUAAGUUCCUAUAUAGUUUUAAGGUAGAAGUA